AGCCGUGUCUGGGGAAAAUGGCACGUAUGGUCAUCCUAAAUUAGCACUUCUUGUGUUCUUUAGUAGAAUUAAGUAAUGAUGGCUGUAAAUGGUGCUUUAUCUUAUAUAAAACACUUCAAACUAUUACAAUUACACCAAACAACAGUAAUCUGUAAACCAUUACUAAUGUUUGAUGAACAGUUAAAUAUUAAAUACAUCAAAAUAUUUCCAACUUGCUAUGAAAUAUGGUAGUAAAAUGGAAAUUAAACAUGGUUUUAACCAUAUGUGUAUAUAAAAUUGUUGGCUCCUAUUGAUACCCAAGCUACAAGAGCAGCAGUAGAUUUGAAGGAGAUGAUAUCUCUCUUAGUUAAUCAUUAAAAGCCAGAAUCCAUCGGCCGUCUUCUGUAAAUAAGAUAAAUGGCCCUAAAGCGCUCACCUCUGACGCACCAUUUCAGAGACAGCAGAGCUUUAAUAUAGACUAGAAGGUCUUAGCGUCCUUAUUCUUGGAUUAACGUAAACAAUUAAUCUUAUAUUUAAAGAAUUAGUGUAGUGAUUUUAAAACAUUGCAGGAAUUUUUGUUGAAAGGUGACGUGCAUAGUUGACAAAUUGUUUAAAUGUUUCAUCAGGAAGUUUUGGAGAUGUGUAUCAUUUCAGGAAUGGACACAUGAUUCGCAUUGACAAGUUUUAUUAUGUGCUCUAUGGAUUCUGGAAUGUUAUAACAACUUAAUUUUUGGGGGGCACGUUUUUGUUUUCACUUGGUUUUAAUUUUGCAUUCCAGUUUUUCGUUUUAAUUUCUCCUUGAACAUGCCAAUGAAAAGGAACACAGGGAGUCCAUUGAAGAAUGGCACGUUUCAUCAGCUACAACCGUCGCAGGCGAAGCGAGCUUGCAAAAGCGCAGAUGACCUCCAUGCAACAACUAUUGUUGACCAUGACGAUCUUAGAAAAAACGUGUUUUUCAAAGCCAGACUCGAGGAGGAGGAGGAUUCAGGAAUUAAAUCAGAAGCCGAUGAGAGCAAUGGGAGCAUAUCUUCAGAGGAAGACCUAGAUUAUUCUAAGACCUUCUCUUUAAAACAAACCGUGCCAAAGAAAAGCAUCAGUCAAAUUAUCAAGGACAAGAAGAAACAGACUCAUCUUACUUUACAAUGGCUUGAGGAAAACUACAUCGUCUGUGAAGGUGUUUGCUUGCCACGUUGCAUUCUUUAUGCUCAUUACUUAGAUUUUUGUCGGAAGGAGAAAUUAGAUCCUGCUUGCGCUGCCACUUUUGGGAAGACUAUACGACAGAAAUUUCCUCUGCUUACAACACGGAGGCUUGGAACUAGAGGCCAUUCAAAGUAUCAUUAUUAUGGUAUUGGAAUUAAGGAAAGCAGUGCGUAUUAUCACUCUGUGUACUCGGGAAAAGGCUUGACACGAUUCUCCGGAAGCAAGCUUAAAAAUGAGGGAGGAUUCACAAGGAAAUAUUCCCUUAGCUCUAAAACAGGGACGCUUUUACCUGAAUUCCCAUCUGCACAACAUCUAGUCCUCCAUGAGUCUGUUUCAAAAGAAAAGGUCGACACGUUAAUUAUGAUGUACAAAACACACUGUCAGUGUAUUCUGGACAACGCCAUUAAUGUCAACUUUGAGGAGAUCCAAAACUUCCUGCUUCACUUUUGGCAAGGGAUGCCUGAACAUCUCCUGUCACUACUGGAGAAUCCAGUUAUUGUGGACAUCUUCUGUGUGUGUGACUCUAUACUUUACAAAGUUCUGACUGAUGUUCUCAUCCCUGCUACCAUGCAGGACAUGCCAGAGAGUCUUUUGGCAGAUAUUCGGAAUUUUGCCAAGCACUGGGAAAACUGGAUGGUGUCUUCCUUGGAGAACCUCCCGGAAAUCCUUUCAGAAAAGAAACUGCCUAUCGCUCGCCGCUUUGUGUCCUCUUUAAAGAGACAGACCUCGUUUUUACAUCUUGCACAGAUCGCAAGACCUGCACUUUUUGACCAGAACGUAGUUACCGCCAUGGUGAAUGAUAUUGAUGAGGUGGAUCUGAAUAGUAUUGGUUCCCAAGCGUUUCUUUCGAUCACAAACGACCAAGAUUCAGACUUCUACUCUGAAUAUGACUCUGUGUCAGUGUUUCAAGAGCUGAAAGAUCUCUUGAGGAAAAAUGCCACAGUGGAGUCUUUCAUUGAAUGGCUGGACUCUGUGGUGGAGCAGAAAGUUAUAAAGCCUAGCAAGCAAAAUGGUCGAUCGGUUAAAAAGCGAGCUCAGGAUUUCCUUCUAAAGUGGAGUUUUUUUGGCGCCCGAGUGAUGCACAAUCUCACUCUAAACAAUGCAACUAGCUUUGGUUCCUUCCACCUCAUUCGGAUGCUUUUGGACGAGUACAUCCUGCUAGCAAUUGAAACGCAGUUCAACAAUGACAAAGAGCAGGACCUGCAGAACCUGCUGGAGAAAUACAUGAGGAACGCAGAUGCCAGUAAGGCUACCUUCACCGCCUCUCCAAGCUCCUGUUUCUUGGCCAAUCGAAAUAAAGGCAGCACGACCUCCAGUGAUUCCAGUGUCAAGGACGAGAAUCCUCCGGAAAAUGUUUUUCUAGCACUCACAGCCGCACAGCAAGGACUCGGGGCCAAUACUCUCGUGUACCACGGUACAGAUCCAGAUGGCUUUACUGUUAUUGGACAAAUGGAUUACCAAACCAGCGGCCCUCUCAUGACGCCUCCAAUAUCUCCAGCCAUGAUGAACCGUAGCAGUGUGAUCAACCAGGGUCCGAUGGCAAUGAGACCCCAAAGCACCUGCCCCAUUCAGCCCCAAGUGUCUUGCCAGGCCUUCACUGAUACCAUGUACCAGACUCUACCCAGUGUUACCACCGGCUCCUAUCACAACUCCCCCUACUACCAGACAGUGUUUCGAUCUCAAGCGCACACUCCUACAUCAACCUACCAGGCUCGUGCAGAAAGCGGACGUUACACAUCUUUCUCUGGACAGCAGCUGGCCAAAGACUGUUUUGGGAUCAGCUGUACGGCAUCUCCAUAUAGGGUGUCAUCCACUGGAUACAUAGCCGCAGGUGACGCGGUGAUGGACACGGAGGCCGUUCAGCUUCUGGACUCUGCAGGGUUCAGUUUUGGAGGCAGUGCCGUCAACGGGGAAGGAUGUUCGGGUCCGGCUUGCUCAGGACCUGACACAGGACACAGUGGAUACUAUGGUUCCAGUGGUUAUGUGGAUGCUCAGAGGAUGAGCACAUUUAUUGACCAGCAUGUGUCGGUUAUCAGCAGUGUGAGCAGCACCCGCUCUGUAUCAGCCUACACCGAGGUUCAUGAUCCUCUCAAUAUUCUGGAUGAUACAACAAGCAGAAAAACAGCAAGACCCUUCUACACUGAACUGGCCUCAAUGGGAACACACACAACAGGGUCCAGCGUACCUCAUUCCUGUGCCGUAUCUGCACCCUGCAUGUAUGGUACUGCUGCUCCAUAUCACUCCCAGAAUGCAUUGCUGCCUCAUCAGGGGACCGCUGCGGACAUUCGAGAAAUGGUUUCCUCUCUUCCACCCAUCAACACUGUGUUUAUGGGUUCAUCUGGUGGACCGCCCUGACUGUUAGGAAACACCACUGAUUCAUUAUGUCUGCUAUACUCACUAAAGGUGAGACAUGUUUUAGCACGUAUAUACAUGUGUAUAUCUAUAAAUCAAUAACAGGGUCUGUAUACAGUACAUUGCUGACUGGCAAAUGUAUUUAUUUUUUAUAUGUUGUUUGAAUUAGAUCGCUAUUAAACAUUUUAUUAAAAGUGCUGAACCAGUAAUAACUUAAUUAUAUGAUACAUCGGUAACACUACAAUAAGGUUGUAUUCAAUGCAUUAGCUAACAUGAAUUAUUCAUGAAUAAUACUUAUACAGCAUUAAUGCUAAUUUCAGCAUUUACUAAUACAUUUUCAAAGUCAAAAGUUUUAUUAGUAGUUAAUGGACAAUAAACUAACAUGAACAAUUGUAUUGGUAAAUUACAGUGUUACUUGCAGCUGGUUGCCGGUAACUUACUUACUGUGUUAUUUACUGGCAAGAGUUUGUUCAAAGUUAAAUAAAUUGUAAAUAUUAACAGGUCUCUAUCUUUACAGAAUAAAACUAUACAAUAACAGCCUCAUGCAAAGCAUUCUGGGAACCAGAAAUCAUCAUCAACCUUUUUCUGUUUUUUGCUUCAGAUUUUGUUUCCCAGAAUGCUUUGCUUGAUGCCGUUAUUUUAGUCUUACUCUGUAAAGACAAAGACUUGUAAAUGUUUAAUGUUCAUUUAACUUUGAACAAAAUGUUGCCAGUAAAUAACAUAAAUUUAGAUCUACGGUAAA